AUGGCCAGGGUCCCAGAGUUGGGAGACGCCUUCUCGCAGGCGCAGGCUUCGCCCAAACUUUCCCCCGAGACCCAGCAGGACUGUUGCUUGCAGCUCCUGGGCAAGGGCUUGCUCGGCUACCCGGAGGAGCGACGGUUCUUGGCGGCUGAAGCGCAGCCCAGGGGCGCUCCGGGCGGCGGGCUGACCGGGGAAGACGCGGAGCUGCGGGUUGGCGUUAAAUCAGAAAUGCAUUUAAAUAACGGUAGCUUUUCCUCUGAAGAGGAGGAUUCGGACAACCAUGACAGCAAAACCAAAGCAGCCGAUCAACACCUGUCUCAGAAAAAAACCAUCACGCAGAUUAUGAAGGACAAAAAGAAGCAGACCCAGCUCACGCUGCAGUGGCUUGAAGAAAAUUACAUUGUAUGUGAAGGAGUUUGCUUGCCAAGGUGCAUCCUUUAUGCACACUACUUAGAUUUCUGCAGGAAAGAGAAGCUGGAGCCAGCCUGCGCAGCCACAUUUGGAAAGACAAUUCGCCAGAAAUUUCCCCUCCUAACAACCCGGCGGCUUGGAACAAGAGGUCAUUCAAAGUAUCAUUACUAUGGGAUUGGCAUCAAAGAGAGCAGCGCAUAUUACCACUCCGUUUAUUCAGGAAAGGGCCUGACCAGGUUUUCUGGAAGCAAGCUGAAGAAUGAGGGUGGCUUCACACGAAAAUAUUCACUUAGCUCAAAAACUGGAACACUUCUUCCAGAAUUCCCCAGCGCUCAACACCUCGUGUACCAAGGAUGCAUUUCUAAGGACAAGGUUGAUACUCUCAUAAUGAUGUAUAAAACUCACUGCCAGUGCAUUUUGGACAAUGCAAUUAAUGGAAACUUUGAAGAGAUCCAGCAUUUCUUAUUACACUUUUGGCAAGGAAUGCCUGAUCAUCUUCUUCCCCUGCUUGAAAAUCCUGUUAUCAUUGACAUUUUCUGUGUUUGUGACUCAAUUCUUUAUAAGGUUCUUACAGAUGUACUUAUUCCUGCAACAAUGCAAGAAAUGCCUGAAAGCUUGUUGGCAGACAUAAGGAAUUUUGCAAAAAACUGGGAACAGUGGGUUGUUUCAUCUUUGGAAAACUUGCCAGAAGCCCUUACUGACAAGAAAAUACCUAUUGUGCGAAGAUUUGUAUCUUCUCUGAAACGGCAAACAUCUUUCCUACAUCUAGCUCAGAUUGCCAGACCAGCUCUCUUUGACCAGCAUGUUGUGAAUUCUAUGGUAUCUGAUAUUGAAAAGGUUGAUUUAAAUAGUAUUGGAUCUCAGGCCCUUCUUACCAUUUCGGGCAGUGCAGACACUGAUUCUGACAGCUACACUGAAUAUGAUUCGAUCACUGUGUUUCAAGAGCUGAAGGAUCUCCUUAAGAAGAAUGCCACUGUAGAGGCUUUUAUUGAAUGGUUGGACACUGUCGUAGAACAGAGAGUUAUUAAGACCAGCAAACAAAAUGGAAGAUCGUUAAAGAAGAGGGCUCAAGAUUUUCUGCUAAAGUGGAGCUUUUUUGGUGCUCGAGUAAUGCAUAAUCUCACCUUGAACAAUGCAUCCAGUUUUGGGUCUUUCCAUUUGAUCCGAAUGCUCCUUGAUGAAUACAUUCUCCUGGCCAUGGAGACACAGUUUAAUAAUGACAAAGAGCAAGAGUUACAGAAUUUACUGGACAAGUAUAUGAAGAAUUCAGAUGCAAGUAAAGCUGCCUUCACUGCUUCUCCAAGUUCGUGCUUUCUGGCCAACCGUAAUAAAGGGAGCUCAGUCUCCAAUGACAGCAUGAAAAAUGAAAGCCAAGUGGAGACCACCUAUCUUCCUCUGUCAGCUAGUCAAGGUGGAGGCUUGCCCUCUGCUCUGCACCCAUUCCCUACAGGAAACACAGACAACAUGCUGCUCACAGGUCAAAUGGAACUUCCACAGAGUGCUGGUAAUCUGAUGACACCACCCAUUUCUCCAGCCAUGGCAAACCGAGGAAGUGUCAUUAACCAGGGGCCAAUGGCAGGGAGACCCCCAAGUGUGGGCCCAGUACUCUCAGCUCCAUCACACUGCUCAACAUACCCAGAGGCCAUUUAUCCUACUCUCCCUGCAGCCAACCAUGACUUCUAUGGGACCAACUCUAACUAUCAGACUGUGUUUAGGGCACAGCCCCAUCCCCCUUCCGGCCUCUAUUCUCAUCGUGCUGAGCAUGGUCGGUGCAUGGCCUGGACUGAACAGCAGCUUUCUAGAGACCUCUUCAGUGGCAGUUGUGCUGGAUCACCAUAUAACUCCCGGCCACCUUCUGGCUACGGACUAUCCCCACAUGCCCAAGAUUCACACAACAUGCAGUUUUUAAAUACAGGAAGCUUCAAUUUCUUAAGCAAUACAGGGACCACCAGCUGCCAGGGAGCAACACUGCCUCCUAAUUCACCUAAUGGAUACUAUGGAAGCAAUAUGACUUACCCAGAGUCUCACAGACUCGGGUCAAUGGUGAAUCAACACGUUUCUGUCAUCAGCAGUGUUCGCUCACUGCCUCCCUACAAUGACAUCCAUGAUCCGCUUAACAUAUUAGAUGACACUAGCAGAAAGCAAACCAGCUCCUUUUUUGCAGACACAUCAUCUCCAGUUGCAUGUCGGACUCCAGUAGUAGCUUCCAGUUUGCAAACACCAAUUUCUUCUUCCUCAUCCCAGUGUAUGUAUGGAACUUCUAAUCAAUAUCCAGCUCAAGAAACCCUGGACUCCCAUGGAUCUAGCAACAGAGAAAUGGUGUCUUCUUUACCACCCAUCAACACUGUGUUCAUGGGAACAGCAGCUGGAGGCACUUAA